AGGCAGGGAAACCUCAUUGCCAGGCCCGAGGUCCUUAGGGGCACUCUAGGGAGCGGCACUUUGCGUCACGUGAGGACCGCCCCUUGUGGCGCCAGGGCACUGUAUGUUCCGAGGUCUGGGCUGCGGUCGUGGAAGCAAGAUUUCCGCGGUUGUGUAACGGGGCGAGGUGCUACCGAGAGGCCGGGGUUCUGCACCCCGCUGUGCCUCCAGCAGCAGCGCCAUGGCGGGGAGCUGCGGGGCCUGCGGCGCGCUCUCGGCGCACACACUCCUGUUCGACCUGCCGCCCGCGCUGCUGGGCCAGCUGUGCGCGGUCCUGGACAGCUGCGAUGGCGCGCUGGGCUGGCGCGGCCUGGCAGAGAGACUUUCUAACAGUUGGCUGGAUGUUCGUCAUAUUGAAAAAUACGUAGACCAAGGUAAAAGUGGAACAAGAGAAUUGCUGUGGUCCUGGGCACAGAAAAACAAGACCAUCGGUGACCUUUUACAAAUUCUUCAGGAGAUGGGGCAUCAUCGAGCGAUACAUUUAAUUACAAAUUACGGAGCAGGAUUGAAUUCUUUAGAGCAGAGUCAUCAGGAGCAUGGAUUUCCAAACAUAUCCAAGGGAAAAGCCAAUGUCACAGUGGAUGAUGCUCUUAUACCUGAACAUAAUGAAAAAGGAAUAUUGCUUGAAUCCUCCAUCAGAUUUCAGAACAUCAUAGACGGAACCAAACAUUUCCACAAAGACUUCCUGAUUGGAGAAGGGGAUAUGUUUGAGGUAUACAGAGUGGAGAUUCAAAAUCGAGCAUACGCUGUUAAAUUAUUUAAACAGGAGAAAAAAAUGGAAUCUAAGAAACACUGGAAGAGAUUUUUAUCUGAGCUUGAAGUUUUACUACUGUUUCGUCAUCCGAACAUACUGGAGCUGACUGCGUAUUUUACAGAGACUGAGAAGUUUUGCCUGGUUUAUCCAUAUAUGAGGAAUGGAACACUUUUUGACAGAUUACAGUGUGUAGGUAACACGGCUGCACUCUCGUGGCACAUUCGAAUCAGUAUAUUAAUAGGAGUGUCCAAAGCAGUUGGGUACUUGCACAACACCCAGCCGUGCUCAGUCAUCUGUGGCAAUAUAUCAAGCACAAACAUACUUUUGGAUGAUCAGUUUCAAGCCAAACUAACUGAUUUUGCCAUGGCACACUUCCGACCCCACCCAGAGAAUCAGAUUUCUACCAUAAAUGUGACCAACAGCAGCAGGAAACAUCUGUGGUACAUGCCAGAAGAGUAUAUCAGACAAGGAAAGCUUUCUGUUAAAACAGACACCUACAGCUUUGGAAUUGUAAUAAUGGAAGUUUUGACAGGCUGCAAAGUGGUGUUAGAUGAUCCCAAACAUAUUCAGCUGCGAGAUCUCCUUAUGGAAUUGAUAGAGAAGAGAGGCCUCGAUUCAUGCCUCUCAUUUCUAGAUAAGAAAGUACGUCCCUGUCCUCGGAACUUCUCUGCCAAGCUCUUCUCUUUGGCAGCCCAGUGUGCCACAACUCGGGCAAAGUCAAGACCAUCUAUGGAUGAAGUCCUGAAUGUUCUUGAAAGUUCGCAAGCCAGCUUAUAUUUUACAGAAGAUCCUCCCACAUCCCUGAAAUCCUUCAGGUGUCCUUCUCCUCUAUUCUUGAAUAAUGUACCAAGUAUUCCAGUGGAAGAUGACGAAAGCCAGAAUAAUCAUUUGCCACCUUGUGAUAAAGGUUUGAGGACAGAUGGACUGACUCAGAAAAUUCCCUUUGAAUGCAGCCAGUCUGAGGUCACAUUUCUGGGCUUGGACAGAAAGAGAGGCAGCGAGAGAAAUGAGGAUGCUUACAACAUGCCCAGUUCUUGUGAAGAAAGUCUGUCUCCAAAGCAUGCAGCUUCAUCCCAGGGCUUCAAGGCCACCGAGGUGAAUUUGGACUCCUUUUUAGAAGACCCAGGCUAUCCUUCCAGCAGCAGGCUAGUGGAGCCAGGGUGCUCCUCUGAAUUUUUCUGUAAUAAAUAUGAACCAUACAAAAAGGAUUAAAGUUCACCAGAAGGUAAAGAAAAAAGCAAGUGUUGCUGAGGCACUUGAGCAAAGGCAUCGCCUUGCGAAGACAUCAUCUCCUUAAGUUAGGCCCAGAGAAUGGCUGGUGGUGAAUUUGGGGUAAUACAGAUAAACAAUCUGGACAAUUCUAUUCCUUCCUUCUCAAACCCCCAAAACGGAGAGGCUUAAACAAAUGUUUUCUCAGAGUGAUUACCUCAUGACCAAAUCCAAACUAAAUUAGAGCCAUUCAAAAUUAUUCAAUAUCCUUGGUCUGACUUCAGCAAAACAAAACAAUUCAAACUUACCAAAGAGGGACAAGAUUCUCAUGUCUUCUCCAUCUCUGUUGAAGUGAGUCUGGGGAACCUCCCACUGCAAAGGACUUUCAGUUGCAUUCUGUUGUUUGGUUUAGCUUACUUAGGAGGGUAGCAGGAAAUGUCUAAUUUGUCAAUGUACUUUGUGAUCAACUGUAGUGUUCUUCUGUUCAUCACUGUCUAAAAACAAGCCAAGUUCACGUUUGGCCAGGGUGUGCUCUGUGUAGCAAGAUUCCUGCCCAAGAUCUAUAUUUCUAUAUUUAAACUCUUAAGAUAGCCUAUUCUAUAUAAUCUAAUUGUUGAUUAUUCUUAUAGAUUUUUACUAACUCAGAGACCUGUCAUAUCUUGAGCAGAAUAUGUGACAUUUUAAUCAAAUAAUUUUUGUUCAAGAAAAUGACUGGUCAGCAGUGUAGGUCAGCUUUUGAUUGAUACUACUUGUGCCUUCCACCCUGUGUCUCCCCUCUUGCUGUUUCCUGGAGCUCCUCUUUUGAUGUCUUAGCCAGUCAUCAGGCUCUGCAAAACUGUCAUCCUCCAAAAAACCUCCCAAAUCUCUCCAACCGAGGGACUCACUUUAUCAGCAUUUCCAUAGCAAUUUUUUUGAAUUUUUAGGCUUGUCACAUUCCAAAAUGUAUCAAAAUCAAUCUUAUCUCUGUUACUA